CCUCCGCAGCUCCCACUCCGCGAUCGCGCACACUUCCACGCCGCGCCAGCAAUUGUACGCCAGUCGCUCUGAUUGUCCUGGGCUACCUGGAAGCUGAAAGCUCGGCUUUGCGAACCUCGCAAAGCAGCGACUAGAAUUUGUUCCUCCAGCUGUGCUGUGAUAAUAUCCAUCUCCUUCAACCCUUUCGCCGUAUCAUCUUCCUAUCCGUCGUACUUCGCAAAAGUCUCCCGGUCGACACGAAGCAUGAAUUGACCGAGCUUUACGAUCUCCUUUCUUUCUCGCACCCUUACCACCAACCAUCGCCCACCUACACAUUCACAAUGUCCCGCCCAUUUCCAUACACGUUUAUUUCCUGUCCCUGUGCGGACACGCCGGUCCCUGACCCAGCCAGGAAGCGAAGGUCCCGGGAACCGCCGCAGAAACCUACUGCAGAGCGGGAUAUCGAGACCAGCGACGACCAGGGCGCCACGAAACAACCCCAUGAAGAGGAUGAAGAUGAAGACGAAGACGAAGAACAGACAUUUGAUCCCCGGUCGCCUCGAUCAAAUUUCUCCUUAUACCCACCUGAACAACUUCUGUACUGCGAGGACUGCCAUCAGAUCAAGUGUCCACGAUGCAUAACGGAGGAGAUCGUGAGCUGGUACUGUCCCAAUUGCCUGUUUGAGACACCAAGUAGCAUGGUACGCAGUGACAGUGGUCGGUGCGGCCGAAACUGCUUCAAUUGUCCCGUCUGUACAGCACCGCUGGCAGUGAGUACAAUUGCAAACGUUACAGGAAAUGGUAGUGGUCAAGGCCCUUGGGUUCUCUCAUGCGGCUACUGCCUAUGGACGACACUUGAUAUCGGUAUCAAGUUCGACAAGCCCACCAAUAUCCGUAGCCAGUUGCAGAAAAUGACCGACUCGACUACGGUACCUACAUUUGAUGCUCGAUCGCGGCAAGGAUCGCGCGCCUUCGGAGAUUUGAAAUCACCUUUAUCGAAUUUCGCAUCCAUUGAGGAGCAGUCCAAUUUCAGCGAACGCGAUGCAGAGCAGCCUUCUAAGGAAGAUGCGACGCCCACGCCCCAUCUUGGCGCAGAAGCACGUUUUGCUGCCUUGAAAAACUUCUAUCGUACACAGAUUUCAGAAACAUCCAAUUCGCCCAAUGACCCUCUUAGCUCGGAAUUUGGAUUCUCGUCCCCGGGGGCAUUGAACAGGCUGAUGUCUUUAUAUGCCUCCUCGUCACGGUUGAGUGGGCUGUAUGGCGGUAAUAAGAAACCCAAGUCCAAGCCGCCGGUCAUGCGUGAAGCUCUGACUGCCAGCGAGGGCCUCCGUAUUGCCUCGAGCGACGCCGAUAUAGCACUCAUCGAGCGCAUUCCGAGCCCGGAUUGCGGCUGGGAUGGUGUUGCAUCUAUCAGCCAGCGUACCGAGCAAUCGCCCGAUGUACGAUUCGUGGACGAACUCCUCCCGCUUCCAGUUCUCUUGCGCACCAAACGCGCCAAGCGCUGCAAGUCAUGCAAGCAUAUUCUCGUGAAACCCGAGACCAAGCCGCAGUCUACGCGCUUCCGUAUCCGUCUCAUUGCGUUGAGCUAUAUCCCCCUCCCGACUCUACGCCCUCUUGCUCAGCCGUCGGCGUCUUCGAUUUCAGGCUUGGCUCCACCUCCGGAUCUGAAUGCGCUCUCUCCUCUCCGGCCCUAUCAUGUCCUUCUCACUCUGAAGAAUCAUAUGUUUGACCCAGUUCGCAUCACACUUGCUACGCCCUCUGUCACACCGGGUAGUGUGGCGACUAAAGUCACCGUGCUUAGUCCCCAAUUUGAAAUUGGCGCCAACAGCGAUGUAUGGGAUGAGGCAUUGCAGAAUGCAGCCGCACCCCUCAGCGAUCGGAUUACGGGCAUGCGAGGCGGCGAGAAAGUUCCCGAGGCCGGAAAGGUCUGGGAGAAGGGACGGAACUGGACUACUGUCGUAUUGGAAGUGGUUCCAGGGACGUUGCCCGGUUCUCAAGCAGAAGACGGCGGGGCCAGUGAGAGUGAUAUCGCGGCUUCUCUCCAGAAGGACGAAGAUGUACUAGAGAUCCCGGUGUUUGUGCAUAUGGAAUGGGAUGCGGAGGCACAGCUUGAACAGCAGAAUGUCGGCAAGGCAUCCAAGCCGGACGAUUUGGUGGCUCGGGAAUUGGCUUAUUGGAUGGUUUUGGGUGUUGGUAGGAUUCAGGCAUCUUUGUAGCUGUUCGAAGAGUGGUCGUCGUGUUCAUAUUUGCCUUGUCCAUACCCCAGAGUUGUUUUAUCUUGUUGCACAUAUUUACAUCAGGUGUCAUUCUUCUACAAUCAGCCAUGUACUGGACGUUCUAGAUCCUCCAUGUACUCGAAGUCGCCGUAGGUACUACGACUUCGGAUGUACAAGGCUCCCUGAUAUCGGAUCACUUUGUCCUGGACGAGAACACGAGCAAUAUCCAGACUACGGAUGCACUUGGUUAAAAGUUGGAAAAAGAUCCAUUGGAAUGUUAUCACAUAUCCCAUCCCAUCUUCAUUAAGAGAGAAACACGGUCUGAAUGGGAUAUUCAGCUCCGUCGCCUCGCGCAGAGAAUUGAGAGCCGGAGGACUAGAAAAAAGAACCAUGCACCAGUCAAUGGGAGAGGCAACAUAACUCAAAGAAAACCCGUGAAUGCAUUUUUUGGUCUUUCACCCAUCAUGCUCUCUUCCUUGAAUCUAGUGAGUUUCAGACCUAGAAACAAGCAAAUUCCCAAAAUACACCGAUAUCUCCUCUUUUUUCAUCCCGCUCCACCCACAACACGUGCCUAGUACUCGGCGCCGCUCUGGGGGAACUCGAACACGACAGCACGGCCGGUCAACCGACGGUAGACCUCGCCGUAGGCAUCGAGGCGGUGGUCGACACCACCCUUCUCCUUCUCGUCCAGAACGACCUUGAGGGUCUUGGAGCCGUCCUCCUUGGUGCGGAUGCGCUUGCCGACAAUCUCGACGGGGUAGACGAGGUCAGCGAGGAUGUUCUCGUGGACAGAGGUCAGAGUGCGGGAACGGGGGCGCUUCUGGUUCUGGUUGGUGCGGGAGUUGACGGAGCGCUUGGGGCGGGACAGGAUGCGGCGCUGAGCAACGAAGAGGACGUGGCGGUCAGAGAACUUCUUCUCCAGCUCGCGGGUCAGGCUGUAGAAGAAAAGGUCAUGUUAGCCCCACUGUAUUUCGAUUCGCGGGGAAGUAGAUAAGUCGAUGCUCCGCGGGGGGGGGACUCGUCUUACCGCUGCUGGAUCUUGUGGAAGUUCUGCAGGAGGGGGACGGGGACGAAGACAACGAUGGCCUUCUUGCCGUGGCCGACCUCGACCUAAUAGCGGAAGUACAAGUUAGAAUUUCGGUUCGACCAGAAUGUGCGCGCACACAAAUUGCAAAAAUUCAAUGCGCUCUCCGAAGUCGACGCCGAGGAAUUCCUUUGCCGGUGAUCGUGUCCACGUGUGUGAUUUCCAAUUUUCCAUCUGGGCGUGUUGUGCGGUACUCAAAGUCGUGAUUUUGAUAUGUCCACAAAUGUCCGCAAUUUUCCAUCUCUUGCACCGAUAAAAGAUCACCGCGUAGUAGAAUUCCUUGGGCGCAAUUUCUGGAGGUUCUGAUUGUCGGAGAAAAAGUUCAAUCUUACCUCACGGGCAGAGACGAACUGCAGGGGGCGAAGGGAGGCCUUCAGGUCCUGAGUGUUGCUCUCGAGGUCGAACAGAGCACCGGCAAUCGCGGUCUCCAGCUCGGAGGGGUUCUGCCGGGAGGGCGAGUUGGUGGCAAUCUUGUUGAUGGCAGCCAUGAUUGCGAGCGACGGAGUGCUGCGAAGGUGCUGGGUUGAGGUCGGCGGAGGGGAGUGGUUCUCACAGUCCGAAGAGUUGGUGAAUUUGCUGUGGGAUCGCCGACUUCGCUUAGAGUGCGCUAGUGCUCGAUUAGGCUUAGUGUGACGG